AGUCAAGCUUUGUUUUAUUUCAUGUGUUGAUGACAACAGACGCUCUCAACUGAUAUUUUUACUACUUUUUGUGGACUCAGUUUUGUUGGGCAUAUUUUUGAAGGUUUUGACAUGAAUUUUCAACUAUUUAAUGAGAUUUGAAUGCAAGAAAAAAAUUAUUUGUUUUUCAAAAAGAAAGAUACAUACUCACGAGAAAAAUGGAUUACCUCAAUUGCUUCAUUUGUAAUGCAGAAACAAAGUUAGAAAAUAGUGUGCGAAUUCGAACAAAAACCAAAUAUUCGGGCAUCGGUGUUCAUGGCAUUUUACAGAGUUUUGUGAAAGAAUCGAAACGUUUGUCGUUCAGUCCGAAUGACAUUGUUUGUGAACAGUGCUUUCAGAAGGUGAAUCAGUAUGAUUUAGCAUGCCGAAUGGCAGAUGACAUACAGCAAGAGAUCACAAAUGCUCUUUAUUCGACUGAACAAGAGUAUUUGAGCGAAGAGGUCGAAUAUUUUGAGGAAUCAUUGUGCGAUAAACAGUCAAGAGUCCUAUUGACAGCUGAUUUUGAAGAAUUCCAGGAAAAAUAUGACGUUCAAUAUUCACAGGAAAAAUCCGAUGAAAAUGACGAUGUUGUCAUUUCAAACAUUACCGAUGACGUAGUUGUGGAAGUUUUCGAACCCUCAUCAACAGACGAAGCAACCGAACAAAAGAAGCGGAAAAUGCUCACGCGCUGUGAAAUAUGCUACACAUCACUUCAUACGAAGAGAGACCUCGAGCAACAUCAAUUGCGAUAUCAUACACUCAAAAAGUGUGGCGUAUGUCAAGUCGUGCUUAAGAACCUAUUUGAGUUUAAAGAACACAUGCGAAAAAUGCAUUUGAUCGAACACGGUUCGAAUGAUGAAACCGAAACCAGCGACCGAGAUGGACCGGCGGUUAAGACUGAUUUUCGAUGUGAAAUCUGUGGAAUGUCGGAAAGCACUAAAAAAUCGCUAUCCAAACACAUUGCAUUGCAUGACAAUCAAUUGAAGUGUGUCAUUUGCGGAGCAAUAUUAAAACACAAAGCCAACCUAGUACUUCACAUGCGAAUUCAUACUGAUAAACACUUUUUCAAAUGCGAUAAGUGCGAGAAGACCUUUGUCCAUAAGUCAUCGUUACGUAUGCACUUGCAGACGACCCAUACGGAGAUACGCAAUAAGCAAUGCAGUGAAUGCCCCUUAAAGUUUAAAACGACGUCACAAUUAAAUCAGCACUUGGUCACACACAGCGGCGUACGAAAUCAUAAAUGCCCAGUUUGUCAAAAAGCCUUCGGGCAAAAAUACAAUAUGACCGCUCACUAUAAAAAUCAUUUUGCACAAGAAUCAAAACAAGCCCGAGCAAAAGCGGUGCCAAAAUCAUCGAUUAAAGUGGAAAUGGAACUGUGAAAUUGAACCAUUUUAUCAACAAUAAAAAUUUACAAAUAAUAAAACAAUUGAAUCCAA